AUGGAUACCAGCGAAAAUAUUCCAACUGCUGUUGUCAAUGGUAUUAACCAUGUGGAAAAAGUUGCCAUUCUCGAUGCUGGAGCUCAAUAUGGUAAAAUUAUUGACCGGCGAGUCCGUGAACUUAAUGUCGAGUCAUUCAUUCUUCCUCUGAAUACACCGGCCAAACAAUUGGAGACGGAAGGAUACAAAGGAAUUAUUAUUUCUGGCGGUCCUGGCUCCGUUUAUUCCAACGAUUCACUACCCUAUGAUAAAGAUAUCUUCUUCUUGGGUAAACCAGUCCUUGGUAUUUGUUAUGGACUUCAGAUGUUAAAUAAAGAGUUCGAUGGUACUGUCGAUAGGGACCAAGCUCGAGAAGAUGGUCAAUAUAAAAUUAAACUGGAUAACAAAUGUCCUCUAUUCAAAGGACUCAAUGAGGAAGAAGAAGUACUCCUUACUCAUGGAGAUAGCAUUAGUCAAAUUGCAAAAAAUUUCAAAGCAAUAGCGCACUCUAAAAAUAUCGUUGCAGGCAUUGCUGACGAACAAAAAGGAUUAUAUGGUGUGCAAUUUCAUCCUGAAGUUGAUUUAACACCCAAAGGAAAACAAAUGAUUAAAAACUUUUUAUACGAAAUUUGUGGUUGUACCGGCUCUUACACCAUGCAGAGUCGUGAAAUAGAGUGUGUUGAGUAUAUUAAAAAAUCUGUUGGAAGCAGUAAAGUUUUGAUGCUCGUUAGUGGUGGUGUCGAUUCAACUGUUUGUGCUGCUCUUCUACACAAGGCUUUGAAACCUGAUCAAGUUAUAGCCUUUCAUAUAGAUAAUGGUUUUAUGCGUAAAGACGAAAGCGACCAAGUUGAAAAAUCACUUAAAUGUCUCGGCUUAAAUCUUAAAGUUAUCAACGCUUCUUAUCAAUUUUACAACGCAUCUACAACCGUUCCUGUGGACAGAAAAGAUCCAAGCCGAAAAAAGGCAACUGAAAUACUCUGUCAGACAACAAAUCCAGAAGAAAAAAGGCAAAUCAUUGGAGAUACUUUUGUUAAGAUAGCUGAUGAGAUUGUUAAAGAUCUCAAUUUAAAACCUGAAGACGUUUUUCUUGGUCAAGGAACCCUGCGACCUGAUUUAAUAGAAAGCGCUUCAAAGUUAGCUAGUUCUAAUGCAGAUGCUAUUAAAACACAUCAUAACGAUACAGAUUUAGUACGACAAUUGAGGGAUCAAGGUCGAGUAGUUGAGCCAUUAAAAGAUUUCCAUAAAGAUGAAGUCCGUGAGCUUGGAAGAAAGUUAGGCUUACCAGAAGAAUUUGUUCAACGACAUCCUUUCCCUGGACCUGGACUAGCAGUUCGUAUUUUAUGUGCUACUGAACCUUUUAUGGGACGAGAUUUCUCUGAAACUGCCGUUCUUGUUAAAGUUAUUGUCAACUACAGUAAUGCCUUAAAGAAGAAACAUGCUCUUCUUAAUCGGGUACAAAACGCAACUACUGAAGAAGAAAGAGAAUUCCUUGUCAACUUAGGGAUAAAAUAUAAACUAACAUCAUCAUUACUUCCCAUAAAAAGCGUCGGUGUUCAAGGAGACUGUCGUUCUUAUAGUCAUGUCGUGGGUCUUUCAAGCGAAGAACUCCCAACUGAUUGGGAAGAUUUGAUAACUUUAGCAAAAAUAAUUCCUCGUAUCUGUCAUAAUGUCAAUAGAGUUUGCUACAUCUUUGGGGGUGUGGUGACCUUCCCUGUACAAGAUGUUACACCAACUUAUUUAACUCCUCAAGUUUUGAGCACUCUGAGAGAAUGCGAUUAUAUUGCUCAAACUCAAUUAGCAGCAUCCGGUUAUUACAAUAAUAUAGCCCAAAUGCCAGUAAUAUUGAUACCAAUCCAUUUUGAUCGAGAUGUCGCAUCCAGACAACCAUCUUGUCAACGAUCCGUAGUGUUAAGAACACUCAUUACAGAAGAUUUUAUGACUGGUAUACCAGCAGUACCAGAUAAGCAUUUACCUUUAGAGCUAAUCAAGCAAAUUGUCGAUGCUGUGUCACAGGUUCAUGGUAUAUCUCGUGUAUUAUACGAUUUGACUCCUAAACCACCUGCAACCACUGAAUGGGAAUAAAUGAGAUUAAAAUUAAAGAAUACAAUUUGUGCGAAGCAAAAAAGAAAAAAUAUCUAGAUUAACUUUUAAAUUAAAUUAACAGUCAAUUUUCUCUUCUUUUGUAAAUACAAAUGAAAAUCAAUUAAAAAAACAAAUGGUAUGGACAAAAUUGACUGAAAUUAAGAAUUAAAAAAAUGAGAAUGCAUCUGGAUAAACUUUUUUGUCUGUAAAUUUCUAAUCAUCUUAAAAGUGGAAUAAAAAUCGAUAAUAAGCUAUUGA